GAACUCCAUACAGCGCCGACGCCGUUAAAUGUAAAUUGAAGGGACAUCAAAACGUCAGGAGGGCUGCAGAGGGCUAGAAUAAACCCGACAUUACUCCCGAUUUUAUGUAGUCACGGUGUAAAGUGUUGCCAAUCAGGAUGAUCGUUAGAAAAAAUGAGAGGGGCUGGCAGAAAUGGGAUUCGGGGUGGUCGCUGUGCGAGGAAGAGAUUGGAAAUGUACAACAGAAUGGUAGCGUGACCCUUGCGGUCGAAAAAUCAAAGAUAGGGUCGCCAUUUGAUAUCUGUGCGGUGUAAAAAUUAUCUGAGAUAUGGGGUGUAGAUACAAAGUGGAAGUUUGUGAAGAGAGCAGACGAUGUUCUACAUUGUAGUGUUGUUCAAGCGAAU